GCUUCGCGCGGGGGACAUUGCAGUCGAGCUUCAGGAACUGGUGGCGUCCCUGCGAAGCGAAGCGCAGAGACUGGAGGCAGUCGAGGGUGCACCACUCCCUGUGCCUGCUGCAAGCAUCGUGGACCUGAUCAACCACCUUAUGGUGUCCAUGCUGAACGAAGUCAAAGAGAUGCAGUUGGCAACCGUGAAAUUCUGA